AACCCUGAAUAUAAAAGCCAGUCAGACUGAGAAUACCCACAAACCAACGUGGUCCACUAGUGAGAAAGAGCAGCACAAAAUAGAUAACCAGUAAAGGAGAGCAAGACAGGGACUGGCUAUAAUAAUUCAGACAUUGUUUGGACAAGACCUGCCUAAAGCCACUUCUGCAUUUCCCUUUAUGACCAUUCUGGUCUCAAGCCUCGCUCUGUAAGAGGAUAUCGAUUUGCUCCCACUGAAACUUGCGAACACUAAUGAGCGAGAGCAGCUCUUCUGCUUAUCGAUCGGAGCGCAGUUUCCACCAGACGUCCUCAUCUUCAUCUACAUCCUCAUCAACCCCAUACAUGGAGAAAAGCAGGGGGCUAUUUGCUGAGGACUUUGGAUCAUUCAUGUGUCCCAAGGAUGCAAUGGGCUUUCCAAGUCUGGCUGGGACACCGGGAAAUAUUAAAACUCUUGGUGACACCUACCAGUUCACUGUAGACGUCUGUGAUUUCUCCCCGGAGGACGUGAUCGUUACCACCUCCAACAACCAGAUUGAAGUUCAUGCAGAAAAGCUUGCAACAGACGGCACUGUGAUGAACACAUUUACCCAUAAAUGCCAACUACCGGAGGACGUGGACCCUACUUCAGUGACGUCUUCCUUGGGGCCUGAAGGGACACUCACCAUCAAAGCUCGAAGGCAUCCCGCUAAACUGGAACACGCCCAGACGUUUCGCACGGAAAUCAAAAUUUAAACCUUCUUAACAUUCAGAAUUUUAUUGUGAUUCCAUUUAAGAGCUACACUUCUUUUCUUUAUACGUAUGUAAUCCUUUUUAAUUCCACAUACUUCUCCACAGUAGGACUAUCAAUAAAACACUACAUGGAUUUUCUAGCUUGAUCUCAUGAGAAAUUUGUAAGGAUAUGAAUAAACAAUGGAGGGUGAUGUUUUUGCAUUUGGUCCAAUUUCAUCCAAGUAAAAAAAGGUUGUAAGAAAAGCAAAUGGUAGAAAUUUCCAAAUGUUGAGAUUAUGCAGGGAUUUUCAUCAUAAUGCGAUUUGUUGUUAAGUUAUAGGUCAUAACAGACAUUGUAGGAUUUCAUUGUAAAGACUGCACAAGCCUGUGUAUGAAUAAAUGUAUAUAUAAGUCGAACUGGUCUAUACAAACUCACCACUGUUUGGAAUUAAAAGCACAUCAAUUCUG